AUGCAGGCUGUGAAGGCAAAGCCGCAGGUCAUCUUCGUGCUGGGCGGGCCUGGCAGCGGCAAGGGCACCCAGCAGUGUGCAAAGAUGGUGGAGGAACUUGGUCUCCUGCACCUGAGUGCUGGGGAUCUGCUGCGUGCUCACAUGAAGUCUGGGACGCCGGACGGCAACAUGGUGGCUGAGAUGAUCAAGCAAGGCCAGAUUGUGCCCUCAAGGGUCACCAUUAGCCUGCUAGAGGAAGCCAUGCUGAAGGGAGGCAAGCAGCAGGUUCUCAUAGACGGGUUCCCGCGCAAUGAGGAGAACAGAUCUGCCUUCGAGAGCCAGACCGGCAUUGAGCCAGAAUUUGUGCUGUUCUUCGAUUGCCCCGAGGCUGUCAUGGAGCAGAGAUUGCUGUCACGCCAGGCGGGCAGGACUGAUGACAAUAUUGAGACCAUCCGCAAGCGCUUCAAGGUGUUUGUGGACAGCAGCAUGCCCAUCAUCAACUUCUACGAGCAGAAGGGAAAAGUGCGGAAGAUCAAUGCUGAUCGCUCUCCAGACGAGGUGUAUGCGGAUGUGCAGCCGCUGGUCAGGGGGCUGCAGGCAUCAAGCCUCUGA